GUGCGCAAGGCGGACGUCGAGCGCGCGCUAUUAAUACUCUUAAAUGCUGUAAGGAAGGAGAGCAGGGACCCUGUUUAGAUCUUUAUAAAUCUACUAGAUUAACCAACAGAUCCGCUUCUUAAUAAAACUAGACUCUGAUGAUUGAGGCUUGUCUUGUUUUCAGCUUUUGUGUCAUGAGCUACAGGAGACUCCAGGAGACCAUGAGAAGAAACUUAUAUAAUAAUAAUAAUAAUAAUAAUAAUAAUAAAAUCAAUAUUCAACUUUAAUUCAGUGAAAUUAUGAAGCAGGGAUUUCUACAUGAGAUUUAAUAGCCUUUUACUGAUCAGAUGUUGUUGUUUGCUCAUGCAGAAAUUUAACAUGCACAUGGAAUUUAGAAUGCAUUAGUUCGAGGGUUUAAACUGAGAUCUAGCAGAGAGACCUCGGGCAGUGUGACAUGUUCAGGUUACAGAUAUCACUAAUUAAAUCAGUACGUAAGUGUUUAUCGGGUUGUUUUAGUGAAAAGGUGCUCAGUGCAGGGGUUCGGGUGGGAAACGACGUCCCUGUCCCAGUUUGGACGCCUCAGAGACACACUGUCACGUUAGCAGACGUAUCAGAGCUAAGCAGGACUUUAGUCCGCAUGCAAAAGGAAAGUGCGUGUAAACCAUCGCUAGAAGAAAUGGAACCGAUUACAGUGACGAAAAAGGUGACGAAGGUGAAGAGGAAGCCCAGGACACCAUGGGGACGUAAGAAGAAAGUGAAGGAAGCCGAAUGUGCGGCGAAGCUCCUGGCUGAACUUCCUUUCAGCAGCACUGAGGUCUGGAAGGAACUCGGCUUCUCUGACCCUGAGGCGAAGGGGAAGGCGAAGCGGAAGCGGAAGGGCAGGGGAUGUGCGGAAAAUGAGGAAGAUGAAGAGAAAGAGAAGAAGAAGAAAAAAGAUAGCCCUCGCCCUAAUUACUUUGUGUCGAUCCCGAUCACUAACCCAAAGAUAAAGCAGGGGGUGGAGGUGGUCCAGGCUGAGGUGUUGCAGAAGGACUCUCGUCUCUCCAGAGCUCUGGUUCCUGUGGGCACGCUCCACAUCACACUGCUUGUCACAUACCUGUCCACACAGGAGCAGAUCGACACAGCCGCAUUAGCAGUAGAAGAGAUGGAGCCGAUGUUGACGUCCCUAAUGGGUGGGCGGAGCCUUGUGCUGCUGUUCCGCGGCAUUGGCCACUUCAGACAGGAAGUAGCCUUCGUCCAGAUCAAAGAGGGAGAGCACCUCAUUACCCUCACGCACAUUGCAGACUCAGUCAGAAGGACGUUUGAGGAGAAAGGGAUCCCAACCGGAGACCAGAAAGCUUUCAAACCUCACCUGACCUUCAUCAAGCUGUCACGAGCACCCAAGCUCCGGCGCCAGGGAGUCAAGAAGCUGGACCUCAGCCUGUUCACAGCGUUUGAGCAGCGAGAGUUUGGCGAGGAGAACGUUUGCACCAUGGAUCUCUGCUCCAUGCUGAAGAAGAAGGAUGCAGAGGGUUACUACCACCGUGAGAAGACAGUCACCUUUGAUCUUCUUCGGAGCGUACCGCGCACCUCACGGACAAGUGGCAAACGUGGCCCGGAGCUUGACGACGACGAGCUGCUGAGUCUGAGUAAGAGGCUGGUGGAGGACGCCGUUUCGCGCGCCGUGCAGCAGUACAUGGAGGAAACGCAGAACGGUUCCGCCCCCAAAGAUGAGGCUCCGCCCCCCACCACUACCACCACCAAAUGACAGCGCGAGCUCUGACCUCACACCCUCAACCUCCUGCUGCCUGGGCGGAGCCCCGGGUCAUGCUUUUUUCCUCCUUCCCUGCAUCAGGGUCGAUGGAUUUGUGCGUAAGAAUGACGGAACGUGUCGCCUGUGCGUGGAUGAGCCGGACAUGGACGAAUUCUCUAUGCAGGUUUUUUUUUGCACACGGAUGACGAAUAAAGUGUUUUUUUUUUUCUUCCUUUGAUUGAUUUAAGGAAACUGGGAUGCGGUAAAAAUUCGAGACCACUGAGAUAUCGAUAUCGAACUGCACCUCUGGACCUCGACAGGAAGGGACAUGUGUGUGUGUGUGUGUGUGUGUAGUUGGAGUGAGAGUACACGAUAACGAUGAUGAUGAUGAUAAUGAUGAUGAUUUGUCAUGACCUCCAGUGUUGUUUUUUUUUCUUUUAUGUGUGUUAAUUUUCCAUUUAUAAACCAUAACAAGCCCUGCUUAUAUGUUUGUGCACCCUUUAGGCCGCGUGUGUGAUGCGCAGUGGGUCAGGAGGAUGCUGGACUCGGAGAGACAGAGUGUUUACGGGAGAGCGAGCCAAAUUAAAGCGCUCUUAGGACGAGCAGAAGUACGAGCACGAAUCGCACAAGAGCUGGGACACACACA